ACUCUUUCUCCCUGCAUAAAUGCUCGGUACUCAGUCCAUGACACAAAUUGCUCAAAAUCAGACGUAAACCCGGCAAUUGCUUCAUUUCGUUUUGUAUUAUUUUCAUAUCCGGUUAGAAUGGAAUACAAAAUUCUGAUUAUUGCCGUUUGCAUUUUGUCGUUGCAAAACGGACUUCUGGUGAAUGGAUACAAAGUACAAGCGGAAAAGCAUCCAGACCAUCCAAACGAAUGCUGGGACAAAGAGACGAACAGCUUCUAUCAAAGUGGGUCGUUAAACCAACGCAAGGGCAAGUGUGAAAUGAUAAGGUGUUACGCCGAUUACUCCAUGGAUGCAGUUGGGUGCCAUUCGAAACCAGCACAAACUGGUUGUUCGAUAUCAUCAACGGAUUUUAGCAAAUCCUAUCCAGAUUGUUGUCCGCGCAUAAAUUGCCAAGGUGCACCACAAACUGGAAAUACUCACCAGACGGCUUCGACACAAGCGACACUUGCUCAACCGGGUGCAACUACCAAAAAACCAUCAACAACGAUUCACUUACCGGUUGUGACUCAAAAGCCGGCUACCAAAACAAAAUAAAAAAUUUUUAUUGACAUUUUAUUUUUUUGGCAGUCCAUUGAACAUUGUUGAAUUAUCAUUUAAAUUUAUUUAUGUCGCAAAAAAAAUUGAAUAAAAAUUCGCAAUAAAAACGAAAAUUAACAUCA